AUGAGCCGUGCAUCAGGAGCUUCCGCUUUGGUCCUGGGUGGCGCUGCCGCCUAUGCUGCUGCACAGCUCGCAGGAGGUUCCCAGACCUUCGUGGCACCAACUGUGGUGCAGGAGCCAACUUCUCAGCCUUCCCUGCGUGGGCGAAGCUCCACCCAGUCGCGGUCCUCCGAGCUUCCUUUGGGUGCCAUGGCGAUGGCAACCGCUGCCGCCGGAGUCUACGGAGCUAGCGGCCGUGCUGGCAAGAAGUCUCGCGCCCAGGCGGUGGUAAGGCAGGCGAAGGACCACAUCAACAUCGGCACCAUCGGCCACGUCGACCACGGGAAGACCACUCUCUCGGCUGCCAUCUCCCUCGUGUGCGGCCAGUUCAGUACCUCCGACGACACGACCAAGAAGUCCUAUGAGGAGAUCGACAACGCGCCGGAAGAGCGCGCCCGCGGUAUCACCAUCAACGCUUCGCACAUCGAGUAUGAGACGGAGACCAGGCACUACUGCCACGUGGACUGCCCGGGCCAUGCCGACUACGUCAAGAACAUGAUCACAGGAGCUUGCCAGAUGGAUGGCGGUAUCCUCGUCAUUUCCUCUCCGGAUGGCCCAAUGGCCCAGACUCGUGAACACAUCCUCCUCUCGAAGCAGGUAGGCGUUCCUGCGCUGGUGUGCUUCAUGAACAAGGUGGACAUGAUGGACGACGAGGAGCUCCUGGAGUUGGUGGAGCUGGAGACGCGCGAGAUGCUUUCCCAAUAUGGCUUCCCGGGUGACGACACUCCCUUCAUCCAAGGCAGCGCCCUUCAAGCUCUCGAGCAGAUGAAGAAGGAUCCGAGCACCAAGAAGGGUGAUGACAAGUGGGUGGACAAGAUCCUUGAGCUCAUGGAGACCGUGGACGAGUACAUCCCCACCCCGGAGCGCGAGACGGACAAGCCCUUCCUGCUGGCCGUCGAGGACGUGUUCUCCAUCUCGGGCCGAGGCACCGUGUGCACGGGCCGCGUCGAGCAGGGCAUCGUCAAGAAGGGCGAUGAGGUCGAGAUCCUGGGCCGCGGCAAGAAGCCCCAGAAGUCCGUCAUCACCGGAAUCCGCAUGUUCAACACCGACCUCCCUGAGGGCCCGGCAGGCUACACGGUCGGCGUCCUGUGCCGUGGUAUCGACAAGGAUGCUGUGUUCCGUGGCCAGGUGAUCUGCGCCCCAGGCGCCACCAAGACCCACACCAAGUUCAAGGCCAACAUCUACUUCGCCAAGAAGGACGAGGGCGGCCGAUCCAACCCGGUGAUGCCCGGCUACAUGCCCGUGUUCUACUUCCGAACCUGCGAUGUGACGGGCAAGAUCGAGGGCAUGGUGAGCUCUGAUGGCAACGAGGUGCAGAUGGCCAUGCCUGGCGACAACAUCACCUGCACCUGCGAGCUGAUCGCCGGCACGCCCAUCGAGAAGGGCAUGCGCUUCGCCAUGCGAGAGGGCGGCCGCACGAUCGGCCAGGGACUCAUCGAGGAGACCAUGUGA